AUGAAGUCUCUUUCUGUACACAGUCAUCCUCAGAUCGAAGAUCCGGAUGCAGUACGAUUAUUGAGCACACUAAGGACUCGUGUUCGGAAUGAGUUGCUCCCAGUACAAGAGAUAUACAAUGAGGAGGUUGGUAUGUUAACCGAUGAACAGGCAGCUAUCGUACCGUCAUUCAGUAGUCUUGACUCCGGUCUAUACCGUCACAGACAUAAGAUGUUGCCUAAACUUCCAACAAGUCGGUCAGAGGUAGAUCUACGUGAUUAUUGGGUCGAAACGAAAAAUAACAAACGUUUCCUGGCAAUAAAUGAUGGCGAUGACGACAAAUUACUUGUAUUUGCAACCGAUGAAAUGCUUGUUAGAAUGCAGGAAGCUGAAACCCUAUUCAUGGAUGGUACGUUUUAUGCGUGUCUUGGUUUGUGGGAUCAGCUGUAUUCGAUUCACUGUUUAUCUGGUGCUACGAUGGUUCCUGUUGCAUUUUCCCUAAUGCCGAACAGAACAAGGGCAACAUAUGUGAGAUUGUUUAACCAGCUGAGCUCUGUGGUUGAGGAAAAGACCGGGUUUGACUUGUCACCUGAAGUUGUACAGACUGACUUUGAGAUUGCAGCAAUCCAAGCAAUCGAGGAGAUUUUCCCAGAUGCCGACACACGUGGUUGUUUGUUUCAUUUCAAUCAGUGCAUGCUGCGAAAAGUUCAGGGGCUUGGACUUAUGAGACUGUAUCGUGCUGAUCAAGGGGUACAAACUCUAGUUAGACGUGCCGCCAGUUUGCCUUUGCUGCCUAUCAGUCAUGUUCAAGAUGUGUGGAUAGACAUUAUGAAUGAGCGACCUGAUCACCUGCCCCAUGUAACUGAAUUUACAGACUAUGUGACAGCAACGUGGGUUGAUGAUGACUCCUUGUUCAAGGUAACUAUGUGGAACCAGCAUGGCAACAUUGGUCCUAGAACCAAUAACCACCUUGAAGGGUGGCAUUCCAAGCUGAACCGUUCUCUUACAAAAGCUCACCCUAACAUUUAUGAGUUCAUAAAUAAACUGAAGGACGUUGAAGAGAAAACCAAAAGGACACUGAUCCAACUUGACCAUGGGGCAGCUCCAGUACCACGAAAGCGGGUGUAUCGUGAUAUUGGUACACGCCUUAUGAGGCUGAAGAAUCAACUUCAACAAGGCCGCAAAACUCCUUUAGAGUUUUUAGACGCUGCCAGCCACUUGCUAAAAUUGCAGUUGUAA